AUGGGGGACCAUGCAGGACUGAAGGGCCAGGGACACGCCAUCGGACCACAACCUCCCGCCGAGGCCCCGGACCGCCCCCGUGCCGCCCCCGUGCCGCUCCCAGAGCCACGCCAUCGGACCACAACCUCCCGCCGAGGCCCCGGACAGCCCCCGUGCCGCUCCCAGAGCCACGCCAUCGGACCACAACCUCCCGCCGAGGCCCCGGACAGCCCCCGUGCCGCCCCCGUGCCGCUCCCAGAGCCACGCCAUCGGACCACAACCUCCCGCCGAGGCCCCGGACAGCCCCCGUGCCGCCCCCGUGCCGCUCCCAGAGCCACGCCAUCGGACCACAACCUCCCGCCGAGGCCCCGGACAGCCCCCGUGCCGCCCCCGUGCCGCUCCCAGAGCCACGCCAUCGGACCACAACCUCCCACAGAGGCCCCGGACCGCCCCCGUGCCGCCCCCGUGCUGCCCCCGUGCCGCCCCCGUGCCGCUCCCAGAGCACGCCAUCAGACCACAACCUCCCGCCGAGGCCCCGGACAGCCCCCGUGCCGCCCCCGUGCCGCCCCCGUGCUGCUCCCAGAGCCACGCCAUCGGACCACAACCUCCCACAGAGGCCCCGGACUGCCCCCGUGCCGCCCCCGUGCCGCCCCCGUGCCGCUCCCAGAGCACGCCAUCAGACCACAACCUCCCGCGGAGGCCCCGUGCUGA